CGCCGCCCGCGCGGGGCAGAGCCGGGUUGCGCGGAGGGACAGCGGGCGGGACGGGGCGUGCGGUGCGGGACAGCGCCAUGAGGGAGAUCGUGCACAUCCAGGCGGGCCAGUGCGGCAACCAGAUCGGGACCAAGUUUUGGGAAGUGAUAAGUGAUGAGCAUGGCAUUGACCCAGCCGGAGGCUAUGUCGGUGACUCAGCGCUGCAGCUGGAAAGGAUCAAUGUCUACUAUAACGAAUCAUCUUCCCAGAAGUUCGUGCCAAGAGCAGUCUUGGUGGACUUGGAGCCGGGCACCAUGGAUAGUGUGCGAUCUGGUCCUUUCGGUCAGCUCUUUCGGCCUGAUAAUUUCAUCUUUGGACAAACUGGUGCAGGAAACAACUGGGCCAAAGGACACUAUACUGAAGGGGCAGAGCUGGUUGAUUCUGUACUUGACGUAGUGAGAAAAGAGUGCGAACACUGCGACUGCUUGCAAGGAUUUCAGCUCACUCAUUCCCUGGGAGGAGGGACAGGGUCUGGCAUGGGAACCCUGCUCAUCAGCAAAAUACGAGAGGAAUAUCCUGACAGGAUAAUGAAUACCUUUAGUGUCAUGCCCUCUCCAAAGGUUUCUGAUACAGUGGUGGAGCCUUACAAUGCCACGCUCUCGGUCCACCAGCUGGUUGAAAAUACAGAUGAAACCUACUGCAUUGACAAUGAAGCUUUGUAUGACAUUUGCUUCCGCACCCUGAAGCUCACCACUCCAACAUACGGUGAUUUAAACCACUUGGUUUCUGCUACCAUGAGUGGGGUAACUACAUCCCUGCGUUUUCCUGGCCAACUCAAUGCUGAUCUCCGGAAGCUGGCAGUGAAUAUGGUCCCAUUCCCACGCCUUCACUUUUUCAUGCCAGGCUUUGCUCCUUUGACAGCCCGAGGCAGCCAGCAGUACCGAGCACUCACUGUUCCAGAGCUCACCCAGCAGAUGUUCGAUGCCAAAAACAUGAUGGCAGCCUGUGACCCGAGGCAUGGGAGAUAUCUGACAGUGGCUACUGUCUUCCGUGGCCCCAUGUCAAUGAAGGAGGUUGACGAGCAGAUGUUGGCCAUCCAGAACAAGAACAGCAGUUACUUUGUGGAGUGGAUCCCAAACAAUGUUAAGGUGGCAGUGUGUGACAUACCGCCUCGUGGCCUCAAGAUGGCUUCCACAUUCAUUGGCAACAGUACAGCCAUUCAAGAGCUCUUCAAAAGGAUAUCUGAGCAAUUUUCAGCCAUGUUCAGGAGAAAGGCCUUCCUCCACUGGUUCACAGGAGAAGGAAUGGAUGAAAUGGAAUUUACGGAAGCAGAAAGCAACAUGAAUGAUCUGGUGUCAGAGUAUCAGCAAUACCAGGAAGCUACAGCAAAUGAUGGAGAAGAAACAUUUGAAGAUGAGGAAGAAGAGAUCAAUGAAUAAAGAAAUUAGGUAUGCUAUUUUCCAGGCCAAAUUCUCACAUCUGGAUUUCUAAUAAUUAGGCUUAUAAAUCUGUAUUUAGGCUUCAAAAUGAGUUGGGGAGGAGAGAAAAGGGAGCGCAACUCAGAUAUUAGAGCUGCUCUUCAGAGUCCAUUGAGGUCACUGGGAACUGAGGACGUUCUGCAUUUCUGAAAAUCAGGCUAUUUCUAUUCAUGAGACAAAUGUAAGGCAUUCAUGUAAGACUUUAGUCUAAGAGUCUGAACACAGAAAUUGGUAGGUUGGGAUCUUUUAUUCCAAACCAACUUCGUCUUCCAUAUUUUACAAAAAAAAGAAGUAAUGCAGGCAUGAAAAUCUACAAAACAGAACUGCACUAUUUUCAUCCAAUUAUGAGUAAGAAAAUCUUGUGGGUUUGAAGUAUUCAUUCUGUACUGAGUAUACAAUACUGAACUGCCAGGAAAAAAAAUUUAUUGAUUAAAAAAAAAAAAACAAAAAGUUAUUAACUGUUCUGUACAGUAACUAUUAAAGAUGACGUUUGAUUCAAAUUCUCUGAGAACAAAAUAAAAAAGACUAGUAUCAUCUCAAGUAAAAGUGUUCUGGGCAGUCAAUGCUGUAUAAAUAUCCAGUGAGCUGCAGGCCAAGGGCUGAAUUUAUGCUAUGUGACUUUUUCACUUGUUGCUGAGUAAUGGUGGGUUAUGUGUGUGAAAUAUGUCCACCUGUGGUAUGUUCUUUAAGGACUCUCUGAAAGCACAAUAUCAUGCAGUCAGUCCCCUGGCUUUCUGGCCAGCACCAGGUAAUGGUGAUUCUGGUUCCUGUCUCCACUCCACCUUGCCUAUAUACCUGAAAUUCAUGUUCUCCACAGCAUGGUGGGAAAGGAGACUACGUGUUGAUGUAUCUUUCUACCCCCAGUUUGAAGUUCACACCUAUGGGUGCUAUGGAUGUUUUAAAAUCACUGGGCAGACUGAGAUUAAAGUAAAGUACAACUAUUUAUCCAUGGUAACCAAAACAGCUGGCAAAAUGAAAGAUGAACGUCAAUUUAUCUGCUUACAUGACAGCUGGAACAGAAAGGUCUCUGUCUUGCACAACUGACUUGCUGCCUUGACAAAAUGACUGUUGGGUGUUCACUCUUUGUGCAUACUUUGUGCUCCUGGCCAUAUCAAUUAAACAGCCCUUCUCCAUUAGAGAGCCUUCACUGGAGAACAUUGCCUACAUGGAGUGUCCUAUUUAGGUCAGUUUCUAGGCAACAAAACAAGCAAACAAAGGAAAAACCUUCUGGAAAUCCAAACUUAAUAUGUUUCUGUCUCUGCUCUUUUUCGUCUUGCUUUCUGAAGCACUUUCUAAGCAGCAACCUUGCUCAGUACUUAAAAAACAAUGCUUCACAAAUAUAUUUUCCAAAGAUCCCUUGUUCCUGAAAAUAUUUAUAGUUUGGGAUUCAGGGAAUGAGAUGAUUGCAUUUUACAUAUAGCUGCAAACCACGCACACUGAAGCUGUCAAUUUUGUUCUACAUGGAACUGAAAGUUCAAGUACAAGUAAAAGCACUGGCACAGCUGCUUCUGGAAGGAGGAGCAGCCAUCUUUUACCAUCUUUUAAAUUCAGGGACUUUAUUUCACUGUAAUACAGAAUUAACGAGUAGCUCCCAGCCAUGAAUUCUGAUAUUAUUAAUUAAAAUGUUUACAACAUAAAAUGCCAGGAAUCUUAAGUAACUGAGCAUUCUCUUGUGAACCAGCUUCUUUGCUUUUCAUACAUUGACUCAAAAUCCAGAAUACAGAUUCUGAACCCAUAAAAUCCACA